AUGCAAGCUCUUGCGAAGCUUAACCCAGUUUAUAUCGACAAAAUCACACCUGAGCCAGCACAUUACGGAGAGAAGGUUCUUAUGGCCCCUCAAUUUGUGGUUAAAGCAAUCUCAGAUCCAAGGCAAGACUCAGGGCGCGGCUCGGAGGUAUGGUCAUUGAGCGGUGGGAUAGUACAAACCCAUGCCGAUGAUCCAAGUAACUGGACGUCUAGAUUCCUCCUUGAAGCGAUUCCCGAGUUUGCCAAAGACAUACCGAUCGAUGACCCUCAACAGCCUGCGUGUUUUGCUAUCAAGCAAUGCAUGCAGGGGAAGCCUGGGUUUGCUGGCUCUGCCUAUCACAGUGCGGCCUUGGAAGAGACAAUCCGGUGUGGAUGCCGCUACUGCGGUGCUGUGUGUGAGAUCACAACGGAGUCUAUUGGGCGUGAUAUCAGAAUCGGUUACUGGAAGGAUACCUUGAGUGUUACAUUCGAUGCAUUUAGGAGAGAUGGAAAAUCCCAAGACACAGUGAGGACGAAGCUGUUCGUCCUGGACGAUUGUGCUCACUGUCACACGAAACUCACGACCGCAUCAAAGUACCUGACCACAUCAAAGUACCUGACCACAUCAAACUACCUGGCCACAUCAAACUACCUGACCGCAUCAAACUACCUGACCGAGUGGUAG